AUGACUGUAUACAGGCACAGAUGGGAUAUUAGGAGUACAGUAGCAUGUUUUAACAGGACAAUCAAGAAGGCUGGAUUUCAGAAGAGGAGUAUCAUGCCCUACACUUUGAAGAGGAUCGGACUGAACAGGAGGAGCAAGCUUCUACCUGUCACCAUCUGCAACAUGAAUAAAUUCAAGGCCACAUUUAAAGAUGACAUAUCAUCGUGUGAAGCUUGGAAAGUGGUCAUCUUUGACACAGCGCAGACAAACAUAGGCAACGCCUACAGCCCUACCACCGGGGUCAUCACGGCUCCUUACCGCGGGGACUACGUCUUCGUUUGGCGAACCUUCACUCGUGGCGGAGCUGAUGCAAACUGGGAUUUGUACAUCAAUGACCAGAUGGCGCUGCGAGCUCGAUCUAACACUUCAAGCGACUCUAGUAACGAGAGUGUGCUGCCCGUCACUCUCCAGGCCGGAGACCGGGUCUAUGUCAAGAGUCAAGGCAAUUUGAAUUUUUGGGCACUGAACCAUAGCAUCUUUGCCGGGUGGCUUGCCAUGGCAUUUUAGGCUUCGUUUACUGGCGAAAAGAGGAACAAAAAUAAGCGAUAUCAAUACCGUUUUAUGGAUAUUGCCUUUACUUAUCAUUCCAACUGACUCUUACUAUUGUUGUUUUCUGUUUUAUUUAGAAGUGCAACCACUCUGUAAUCUCAGGCAAAUAUCAAACAUCAACAAGCUCUC